ACCAUAUCAUUAAUUUAAAUAUUCCAUGUUUUUUUAUCGAACCGAAUACGAAUUACUUAUAGUUAUUAAAAAUAAAGAAAAUGAAUCAAUGGAUAAAGGUGUUAUUGCGGUGACUAUAAGCAUAAUAUUCUACAUUUUAUGUAUCAAUAAUAGCUUUAUUUAUAUGGUAUGCGAAAAGUUUUGACGGAGAUGGAGUCAUCGCUUUGCUAUUUGGAUGCGCAAGGAAAAUCCGUAGUGUCAUCGAUUGGCGUCAGGAAUCUGACCGCAUCUUAAUAAAAUUGGGUCUUUGGAAUGCAGAAGGUACAUUGUCGUUCUCGACGCGCUGGCAUGUUUAUGUGUCUUCGUGUAAAGUGGGUCCACGCCAGUACACCCCAUGUAAGAGUAACGUCUCUCACGUAGGCCGGUCGACUCGACAGUGCAAAUAUUACUGUGAAUAUAAAAUAUAUUUUUUAAAUAUAUGUACACACUCGAGACAUUGAUUUCUAGUGCAGUUAAUUCUUGUGUAAGUGAUUUAUGAUUAACGGAUUGAAAAGCUUUGGCGGAAAUCUAAUGAUCUAACCUAUGCUAAUACAACUGAACGACCUCGGCACACUCUGAAGAGGCUCUAAUUUUCGUUUCAGAUAGAAGGCGAAGUCAGCCGAGCGAGCUUCGAUCGCGAGAGCCUAAAUAAAUCCACUAGAUAAAAUAUCGAGGCCUGGGUGGAGUUUUAAAAUUUGGUGAAAAUAAAAAUGAUGCAAUAUGCAAAAUAUAUAUUUCUGCUGUCGUUACUAUCAAUCAGUCACUGUUCCCCGUUUGACGAUGGGAAAUACAAUCCGAAAAAAUAUCGUGUUUAUGACGACGGACGGUAUUAUCGGCCUUUAGGCGAAGGAAAAUACGUCAGAGGAGACGAGGGUAAAUACACGUACGUGUACAGACAAGGCCUGUAUCCCGAAGAUGACGGAGAUUACAGAUAUGUACACCAGGAGGGUCCAAACGGAGGUUUUGGGGGCAAUGGUGGAUUUGGAGGGAACGGAGGCUUUGGAGGCAAUGGAGGGUUUGGAGGCAAUGGAGGAUUUGGAGGAUUUGGAGGAAAUGGAUACGGAGGAGGAUACGGAAAUGGAGAUGGAUAUGGAAAUGGAGAUAGGUACGGCGACAGCAGCGAUCGAGAUGAUUCAUCAUAUAAGCCAAAUAAAAUCGAUUAUGGGGGAAAGAUUUACGCAGAGCGAUACCCUCAUAUCCACAAGAUCAUUAAGGCGCUGGUAAACCAGUACGUGUCUUCGGACUACAUCGGCUUCAGCGACGAGUUGCAGGGUAGCUCGGCGCACUACAACAAGAUGUUUGCAGAUAAGGAGGUGGCUGUCAAGUGCCACUACCUCUCGCCAACGCCACAGGCGAAUGCUUCGGAGUUCGUUACGCAGUACCCACCACGCUUUAAUUCUCUGCCUGGAGAUAAAUCAGGGUCCUUCUACAGCUUCAAAGGCACGAAGGUCCUGAGCACAGUCGCCAACUCUCGCCCGAGCAAGCUUAAUCUGGAGUACGAAGUGUUCGUCAGGGUCGUCGAUAUUACUGAUUAAAGUGAUUAAACAUCCACUUGUAUAUUUAUUUAUUAACUUCGGUCAUAAUCAAAAUAUGUAACUAUAACUGGAAUAUAGAGGCAUUUUCACAGA